AUUGUUCUUCUUACAUGUGCGUUUUUGUUUGGCAGAAAUGGCUCUUUGACUCCAGCCAAAACAUUGCCAAAUCCCAUCAUGGCUGUCUGUCUCGUCUUUCUACUCAGCAGUCUUGGCCUUGCUAUUACUGCUCAAGCUCAAGACUGUCCCAAGCCUGUUCCAGGACCCAACAUGAAUUUAAAGGGCAAUGACAUAGUUUUGCAAGAAUUCCCAGAUGGGACCAAAGUGACUUUUACCUGUGAAGUUGGCUACCAGUCUGGAGGGUCUGGAGGGUCUGGAGUCAGUACUUGUUCUGCUGGGAAUUGGAGUCUUGUGAUGCUGCAAUGCGAGAGGAAAAACUGUGGUGCACUUGAAGCUGUAAUAAAUGGUGACAUAACUUACCCUACGUCAACCCUGUUUGGUGAUACAGCGGUGGUAACUUGCAACGCUGGAUACAGACGGGUUGGUCGAGAGACAAUCCGCUGUGGAGACGCAGGUUGGUUGGACAGGUUGCCUGAAUGUGAAGUGUCUAAGUGUGGUCCACCACCUGCGAUAGCUGAUGGCACAUUCUAUCCAGAAAAAGAAGAGUAUGAAUACAGCGAAGUUGUGCGUUACACCUGUCAGAAGGAUUUAACUCUCAAUGGAUCCAAAUCAGUCUCCUGUUCAGAAGAUGGAACAUUUACACCUGCAGCUCCAACAUGUAUAAAUGUUCAAUGUGAAGCCCCAAAUAUCGACAAUGCCGACUUUACUUCAGGUUCUCGGUAUCCUCACAAAUACAAAGCUACAGUGACUCAUCAGUGCAGAACUGGAUAUAGGAUGAUAGGACAAAGUACCUCUGUAUGUGAAAUAGAUGGCCAGUGGUCACCUAAACUUCUGGAAUGUAAACAAUUGCCCACCCCAACUACGACAGACAAGCCAGAUGGAAAUAAAGGUGAUGGUGAUGGAGGGACAGACAACGGUGGAAGCAGCACUGGUGAAACUGUGGGGAUUAUUAUUGGAUGUGUUGCAGGUCUCUUCCUGGUCGUUCUUGCAAUCUAUUAUUUCAAGAAAAAGAAAAAGGCAGGCUUUCAGAAAGGCACUGCUGAAAAUGAGACUACAGGUGACGGAAACUCUGUGGAGCUCCAGAGUGGUAAGCACAGCGCUGCUGUUGGUACAACAUUACUGAAUGAGAAAACGUCUGAUUAAGAAGAGGAUCGUCACUGGACUAGUCAUCGAAUGUAUUUGUGCCGUCCAUGUCCAUGUUGAUUGCGCAGGCUCAUUGAAAGUGUUUCCGCAGAAAGUCUGAGAUUAUGAAUUCUCAGCAGAACAAGCUCAAGCCUUAGCAAAUGCUCGAGGGGGGCUUCUCUGAUCUUUUACAUUUUAGCACGUCGCUCAAAACGCCUUAGUUUUAGUCUUGUAUAUUUCAAUAGAGCGAUGCCUUGUAAGCUCUCUACAUCAUCAUAACAGUUUUUCAUUGUCAGUAAUUAUGAAGGAGUGAGGACCUCAUGGCCCGGUUGUUCAAAAGUUAUCUGUUUGGACCAGAACUUGAAAUCGGGUUGUCCAAAGGUUAUUAGAUAAGAUCAAGUGAUCAAAUCCUGUCUUUUUAUCCGGAUCAAACCCCGAGCUUGAGUUCUUCAAAACUCUGAAGAAGGAUCAAGAUUACUUUUGAUCACAUAAAAUCUGUAUUAUCCUGAUUCCAGCAGAGGUCUAAAAAAACCAUAACAUUUGUCAAACAACACAAUGUUCUUAGAGGGGAGUGGAUAUUUGAAGACAUUAUUGAAACUAUAAAAGUAUAUCCAGAACAGCUUGAUCCAAUACUGUUUUCCUUUGAGGAAAAAACUGGACAAACCUGAGUUAGUUCUGGAAAAAUGGAUUUCCAAGCCCAGCUCAUUUUAAUCUGGAUUGAACCUUUUGAUCAACCGGGCCCAAUAUUAUUAAAGAGACAUAUACUUGCACUAAAGCACGCAGAUCAGCUCAGCUUUGCCAAUACUGCACAUUUACAUGAUGACUUAAAAGAAGAAAAAUCUGAAAAGAAUUGCAAUACAGCUGGCUUGAAGCCGAUCAAUCCUCUAGUCUUAUACAUACAGAGAUAACAGAUGAGCACUGUGCCUGAGCAUAAGGGAUGUUCAACACGCCUUAAUGAAGAAACUGUGUAAAUUGUCCCGACAGUUCUUGUGGUAAUAGAGGCUUUAAUGUUAGCCUACUUUAGUUUUUUUUGCAGAAGAGUUAGUGUUGUCAAAUACCAGGACUUCAUGUUUGUGCCCUGUAGAUUCACUUGAUUACGUUUUCACUGGGAGAAAAAAAUCAAAGGUUGUUGUGUUUCAUUGUUCCAAAUUAGAUGUGUUUGUAUUCCAGAGUUUCAGUUUCAGAAAAAAGUGGAGGGAUAUUUAAAGUGUUGUUUUGUGUCUGUAUUUACAUAAUGUUGUUCAGAAAAAGAUCUCGGACAUGUUUGCACUCGCCCGGCUUUUAAUCUUUAUUUAUUAUUAAACUUAAGUUUGAAUUAGAAAAUCUCAUUGAACAGUUUUUGUAUUGUUUAGAGGCAGGGGAAAAAAAACUCCUGGCUCUACAAAAAUAUUGGCUCUACUUUUUGUAAUCGAUUAAUGAAAUAAAACAAAACCAAAAUAA